ACAAACUUCCAACUCAUUCCUCAACAAUCUCACCGGCAUUCAACUAUAGGUCACAUCACCGGCAUUCAACUAUAGCAUUCCUCAACUCAUCACUCAUCACUCGACGGAUCAAUGGCGUCGCUAUCCAUGAGCGCGGCCGGGAGGGCGGCGGGGUGGACGCCGAAACAGAACAAGCUGUUCGAGCAAGCGCUGGCAGUGCACGACAGGGACACGCCCGACCGCUGGCACAACGUUGCCCGCGCCGUUGGCGGCGGCAAGUCGGCUGAUGACGUGAGGCGCUACUACGAGCUGCUCGUCCACGAUGUCGCCAACAUCGAGGCCGGCAAGGUGCCCUUCCCCGCCUACCGUCCCCCCUGCCCCGGCCCCAACGUUGGCUACGAGGCCGACAGGCUGAAGCACUUGAAGAUCUAGCGAGAUAGCUGGUAGGUACAUGGAUAUGAAGCAUAUAUGUGCGUGCUGGCCAGCAUGGAUGGGGAUAUCCUAUGAUAUGAUAUGAUAUGCAUGCAAGUCAUGGCGUGCAUGCAACUGUAUAUGCAAGGCUGCUAGCUAGAAGAAAGAGUCGACCGAUGCAUGUUCAUAUGUAUACAUAAUUAUUAUUUGGCAAUAGUAGCUAGUACAGUACAUAUUACAUGUUAUAGGAUGGUCUGUCUCCUUCUCCUGUUUGUAAAUCGCAGUUUUCCUUAUGUAAAUGUACAUUAUAUGGUCUGCAACAAAAAUACAGUACUCCCUCCA